UAUUGUAUUAUUAAGAAAAAUGUGCUCAAUAAAUAAUGAUUGUGGUGGUCAGGAAUUAAUGAAAGGAUAUCAAGAUUUAAAUACAGAUGAUGCUAAAUGUCGCAAGUGCAAUGAAAACAAUGCAACAAUAAAACUACGCGGUAAAGAUAAUUAUUGUAAUGAAUGCUUCUUGUUAAGUGCGACGCACAAAUUUCGUGCUACGCUUGGUAAAUCAAAGCUAGUUCGUCCAAAAGAUAAAGUUCUCGUUGGUUACUCUGGUGCAGCUGGUUCGGUUGCUCUGCUCAAUUUAAUAAGAGCAGGCAUGCAUGAAUCAGUACAUAAACGUCUCGUUUUCGAGAGCAAAGUUAUUUAUAUUGAUGACGGCAUGCUGAAAAAACAGGAUCAGGCCCAAAGACAAGCUUUCAUUGAUCAGGUCAGGACUCAAAUAGAAUCUCUUGGAUUUCAGGGAUACGUGACCAGUUUAUCUGAAUGUUUAAAUGCUGAUUCUGAUGUAAAUGUUUAUAAACUCGACAAUUACACUUGUGAGGACAAUGAUGAUCUGAAUAAUUUAUUCGACCAGCUGACGAAUGACACAGCCAAGCAGGAUCUACUGAAGAAAUUGAGACAUCGACUGAUAGCAUCAGUGGCUAAAAAACUUGAAUGCGGAAAAGUAUUUCUUGGUAAUGAUGCAACCAAUCUUGCCGUUGACAUCCUCAGCAAUGUAGCAGUAGGUCGCGGAGCCCAGCUGGCUGUUGAUGUUGGUUUUGUUGAUGAUCGCUUUAAAAACCUGAUGAUUUUACGACCGAUGAGAGACUUUACAAGAGUGGAACUUGAUCACUAUUUAAAUAUUAAUGGACUAAAGGCCUUGGACACUGCAAAAGUAACAAAGUCUUCUGAUCCUUUUGCUUCAAUCCAACAACUCACUGAAGACUUUAUCCUGGACUUGGAGUCCCAGUUCACCGGGACAGUGUCUACUGUCUUUCGAACCGGGGACAAAGUAUGCGCGAGUAAGCAAUCCCAUAAUGAUAAUAAAAGUAAUGACGAAAUUUGCGUUAUUUGCAAUGCACUGAUGGACACAAGGCCUCUUGAUGAUGCAACUGCUAUCAAAGCAACUUUAUUCUCAAGGUUUAUUUCCACCCAAGGAAUAAAAUCUAUUGUUGACGUUAAUGUUGAUGAUAAUUACUCUGAAAAAUUAAAUUGUGAUAAUUGCCAAGGCGAUUGUUUUAAUUCAAAAGAUUUAACAUUACAACAAUUACGUAAAUUUUUAUGUUAUGGUUGUAAAUUAAUUUUUAAUUAUUCGUUUGAUUGUAAAAAAUUACCUCCUCAUAUUACCAACAAGUUACGCGAGAUAAUUUGUAUGCAAGAUAUGCGUGAGCAAAUAAAAGAUUUUUUAUUAUAA